AUGUGUCCGAAAAAAGAUUUCUAUGCCUCACUAAAAAAUUAUGAACACCGACGUACGGUGUUGGAAAUACGGGGAGAACACACACGUCAUCUCCAAUUGACGGAUUCGGAGAUAGAAAAACACGAAAUUAAAAACACUGUAAAGAGAAAAGCUACUGAAGAAAUAUCAACAAGACCUAACAAAAUUAUACGGAAAGCAAUAUCCGAAGCAGGUCAUAUAAUUGUGACGCUUAAUGAUAUUUCCAACUACAGACAACAUAUAUAUAGAAAACGAAGGAAGGUUUUACCAGUGUUGCUGAAAUCAUAUGAUGAAGCUAUUUCGCAAUUAACUUCUCAGGAAACUAUUUUAACUUUUAAAAAAGAACAAUAA